AUGGCCGGUCCUGGAAAGAAGCGAGCUGGGCAGGAGAAGGCCGCCUCGAGCUCCACUGAUACGCAGCAAUCUUCUCGUGACACCGCUCAGCAAGGCACCGCAAAGCCUAUUGCGGCCUAUGACGGCCAUGGUGACUCUAGCGCACUCGUGCCGAUUAAUUACUCGAAUGAACGUGACCUCAAGAACAUCUCGGAGUUCUUAGGUAUGGCUGGCUGGUAUGCCGCGCGUGGGUCUACGAUCCCCCAAGGUCUACCUCAGCGGCCUCCCAUCCUCAACCAAUAUGGACGAGAGGCGUUCGUUUCCCUGAACACAUAUCAGGUCCUUCAGAACCCGAACGGUGUUGCACAUCAGUACGAUGUCUCUUGGAGCCCUGGAGUUCAGGAUAAGCGGGCCUUGAUCAAGAAGCUUUGGGCUUCUGAGACUACCAAGAAGGAACUUGGUAAUGGACAUUGGAUCUAUGAUGGGAAUAAACUUGCAUGGUCCUCCUCGAAAUUGCCACGCGAUGAGGUUCGUAUCAUCGUUGAUCUCGAUGAAGAAGAUGAUGAAAAGGCUCGCAAGGCCGGCAAGACCCCUAGAAAUCGCGGUCCUGGCCCAAGCCGCAACAAGCAUACAAUCUUUCUCCGCCAUACCCGUAAGAUCGAUUACACCGUCAUCGAUGCCUUCUUGUCUGGGCAUAUCAAUUGGACACCGGAGUGCAUCGACACGAUCAACUUCUUCGAUCAUGUCCUACGCGAACAACCUUCUCGCAACUAUACUCAAAUCAAGAAGUCAUUCUUCCAACGUGGAGAAAAGCGGGCUGAUCUUGGUGGAGGUAUCGAGGCUUUCAAAGGCGUCUUCUCAUCUUUGCGUCCAACAUUGAUCAACCAAGGCACCAAGGGGCUUUCCCUCAAUGUUGAUGUCGCCAACGGUACCUUCUGGCGAGCUCAAGAGCUUGGACGUUCGCUCAUGCAGGCUUUUGAUUGCACCUACCCACAAUUGCAACAGCGAUUCAAAGAGGCCCGAUCCAAAGAUUGGCGACAGUCUUACUUCAGGAGGGAUCUCACUCGUUAUCGUCGGGUCGGAGUUACUGCCUAUCACAAGAAGGGUGAAGAAACUCAAUGGACGAUUGACGAAAUCUGCGGCAUGGAUCCGACUGAGGCGAAAUUCCCCGAUCCUGAUGACAAGAGCGACGUUGAACCAAAGAAGAAGCGACAAAUUUCGGUCCAGCAGUACUUCAAGGACAAGUACAAGAUCAACCUGGCCCCUGGUCUACCGGUGGCUCGGAUGACCAAGAAGAUCCGUGGUGGCCCAGUCUAUCUUCCCAUCGAGUAUCUUCGCAUUGACCCGAACCAACGAUACAAUGCGAAGCUGAGCGAUAAGCAAACAUCGGCCAUGAUUAAGUUCGCCGUCACCCUCCCCGCGGAACGUCGUCAAGCCGUGAACUUUGGUGUUAAGUUGCUCGAUUGGCCAAAUGAUCCUUACUUGAAGAAGUAUGGAAUCAAGGUCACUGACACUCCUACUCGUGUCAAAGCACGUGUCCUGCCACCGCCAUCUCUCGGCUUCGGUCCAGUGAGCAAACCCACCCCCGUUCCAGAGCGAGACCUCGUUGCGGGUCGCUGGCGCUUCGACGGCAAGCGAUUCAUCAUUGCCAAUGACCGUCCUCUUGAAUCCUGGGGCAUCUGUGUCAUCUCCGCCCCGCACACUUGUUCUCCUGAACAAGUUAAGGCCUUCGCUCAGAACUUUAUCAAGAUCUUCGAAGGACAUGGUGGAGUUAUCAAGCCGGAUACCAACAACCCUGCACGUGGUAAACAGCCAUGGAUCGGCCUAGGUCACCUCAGCGAUGGGGGUGAGUUGGUAGCAAAGGCCUUCAACGCGACCGGAAACACGUUCAACAAGCGUCCAAACUUCAUGUUCUUCAUCGUGAACGAUCGAAACGUUGAGGUCUAUCGGCGUAUCAAGAAGUCCAUGGAUUGCCGCUUCGGUAUAGCUUCCCAGGUCUUGCAAAGCAGGCAUGUGCAAAACAACCAGUCUCAGUACAUCUCCAACGUUUGCAUGAAGGUCAACGCAAAGCUUGGUGGCGCGACUUCUUGGGCCAGGUCUACCUAUAUGGCGAAGAUUAAUCCCAAGGCGGCUUCGACUUCAACAAUGAUUGUUGGCGCUGACGUCUCUCACCCAGCCCCUGGCGCGGGUUCAGAUGAGAAGGCUUCCUUCGCCGCCAUUACCGUUUCCAGAGAUCAACAUUUCACUCGUUACUGGGCCGAAGUACAGACGAAUGGCUGCCGUAUCGAAAUGUUGACUAGACACAACAUCAAUACUCACUUUGGCGAUAUGGCCAGGCGCUGGUGCGAGCGCGUUGGAGGAGGCUUAGCACCAAAGCGACUUCUCUAUAUUCGUGAUGGUGUCUCUGAAGGACAAUAUGCCGCUGUGCUGGAGAACGAAGUCCACGACUUGAAGGAGACCUUCAGGCGUAUCGGAUGCAAGGACAUUCCCAAGUUCACGGUGGUCAUUGCUGGUAAACGCCAUCACAUCCGCUUCUUCCCUGAGAAGGGUGAUCGUAACGGCAAUCCAAUUCCUGGCACUCUCGUAGAGACUGGAUGCACCCACCCUUUCGAGUUCGACUUCUACCUGUGCCCUCACGUUGCGAUCAAGGGUACCGCUAGGCCUAUACAUUAUCAGGUCAUUUUGAAUGAAGCCGAGUUUCAGUCUACGGAGCUACAGGCGCUCAUCUUUGAGCAUUCGUUCCAGUAUGCUCGUUCGACGACACCAGUCUCGCUGCACCCAGCCGUCUACUAUGCUCACUUGGCUGCGGACCGCGCCCGUGCCCAUGUCUCGGACUCUCCAGUCUCUUCCGGCAAGAAAGAGCAGAAGGCUAAGCAGGAAACCUCGACUGGAACCCCGCUCAAGGCCCAGGUGGAAGCUCCUCCUCUCGUCGACAUG